GUUCAACAGCACAACCGGAAGAAAUUCAAGGUUGCACAAUGAUUACAUGACCUACUAAGGUGUGUUUGAUGUGUGUUGAAAACCUUCAGUUUAUUCCACGUAACGUGGUGUCAUAAUAUGACCAGUUGUCCGAUAUGUCUACAACAGCAGGACGAGUUUUCAGCAGUCUGACACGCGUUGCUUUCAGGCGAGGGAUAUUGAUUCAUGAAGCUAACGUUACCCCGACAGUUAGACCGAACGGUGUGCGGUUCCUAACUCUGAGCUCUCAGAGGUUAGCGGAGUCCAAAGAUGGCGAUAAAGAGGUCAACGAUGAACCCAUCAAGUUCUCCACCAGUAAAGCCAGUCACAGAACCUGGAAAGUUAACCGCUCCAUGGGGAGCCAGUUUGAGCGGCCCUGGUGGAAGGUGCUCCCCAUCAGCCUGAUAUUCACCAGCUUUCUAUUGUGGUGCACAUUGAGAGGAGAGACGGACAUUGAUGUACAGCUGGAGAGGGAGCUCUAUGAGCAGUUACCAGGCUUGCUUUCAGAAGAAAAGGAGCAAGCCCAAAAUGAAAUCAAAUCAAGUUAAAUGUAA